CUCCACCAUAGGCCCAUGUAAUAUCACGGCUGCUCAUCUUUCAUCCCACGCCAGCGAGCUUCGACGAAUGGAAGAUAGCCACCUGCCAACGGUGGCGACGACCAGAAGUUGUUCUUCCUGAAACAGCCUAGCGAACCGAAGGUGACAGAGACCGGUGAGCGGAGGCGACGGACCACCACCACCACCACCGACCGAAGCCAUGGAAACUGAUAGCGUAGCCUCAGGCGAACGAUUCUCUCCUGAGGUUCUGGGUUUUAUGCGGCUUGCUAUAGAUCAGGCAAAGCUUGCGUUGGACAGUCUUGAAGUUCCAGUUGGCUGUGUGAUUGUUGAGGAUGAGAACGUUAUUGCGGCAGGAAGAAACCGGACUAACGAGACACGGAAUGCAACGAGACAUGCAGAGAUGGAAGCGAUUGAUGUUCUUCUUAUACAGUGGCAGAGGACUGGAUUUACGGCUGCAGAAGUUGCGGAGAAGUUUUCAGCAUGCUCCCUUUAUGUGACAUGUGAACCCUGCAUAAUGUGUGCAGCGGCAUUGUCAAUCAUUGGUAUAAAGGAAGUAUACUAUGGCUGUGCAAAUGAUAAAUUUGGAGGCUGUGGCUCAAUACUGUCGUUACAUUCAAGUAGCUCUGAGGCAUGCAUUAGUAUUGGGAAUUCUGGAUCAAAGGGAUUCAAAUGUUGUGGAGGUAUAAUGGCAUCAGAAGCCAUUUCUCUUCUGCGAGAUUUUUAUGAACGAGGAAACCCUAAUGCUCCAAAGCCUCACAGGUCACAGGUUACUCAGGCUUAAACUUAGAUCUUCCUGCAUUGAUUCUUCCUGUUGAAUCUUCCCAUGCCUUUGCACAACUAGGUAAGACCUUUGAACUUAUGAUUCCUUGCUUUUCUGAACAUCAUGUACAUCAUGUAGAGAUGGAAUGACUAUAGGUUACUUGUGCAUAUAACAAGUCGGCUGCAUGGUGUGACCUUCCUGUAUUAUAGCCUGUUAGCAACGGAAUGGCAUGGAUUAGGGCGCUGUGGCAGUAUGAUGCUCAUGUGACUUUUGUGUGUACCUACCGCUAUAAAUUCCCUUGUCUGGUGGUAGUCAAUUACAACGAGGCACUUUUAAGGUCUUCAAGAUGGAGUUAGACAACAUCCUUGCUCUCAUUUCUUAUUCUCGGUUUAUCAUGGUUGUUUUGUUCAUUGUUCUUAUUCC